AUGAAGGACUCAAACUUGAUAAUAAAAGACCUGGUUUUCGAUGGGGUGCCGGUGAGGGUGUUCUGGCCCAGGACACUUGCUGGGAACAGGAAAGGAAUCAUCUUCAUUCAUCCAGGUGUUGGACUAUUUGGAAGCGUCCGAGUCUCUGAAAGGGCCUGCCGUUCCUUUGCCAAACAAUCUGAUUCAGUGGUUGUAAGUGUUGAGUUUCGUUUAGCUCCUGAGCAUCCCUAUCCAGUCCCUGUACUGGACUGCUUAACUGCUGUAAUACACUUUCUGAAGAAUGCAAAGGAAUACGGAGUGGACCCCAACUCCAUUGCCAUUGUUGGGGAGAGUAGUGGAGGCACAUAUGCUGCAGCCAUUUGUCAAGAACUGGUGACCAGAGAAGACCUCCCAAGAAUGCGAGCUCAGGUCCUCAUUUACCCAUUCCUCCAAGGAAUGGACUUCAAUUUGCCAUCCUAUCAGCAAUAUCAUUCAGUUCCUCCCUUGUUCCGGAAAAGAGCUGUCAUACUUGGUUUGACAUAUCUCACUGGGAAGACAAUGAAUGUAGAUGGAGUUCUGAAAGGCGCCCAUGUCCCUCCUGAUUUGAGAGAGAAAUACAAAAAAUGGAUAAGUGCUGAUUACAUUCCAGAAGAAUUUAAAGCUAGGGGCUAUGUUCCUGUAGAACCUGCUCCAUUUUCAGAAGAUCUUUAUGAACAAGUUAAAAGAGGUAAUGAGACAAUGUUUUGCCCCCUUGUAGCAGAGGAUGACAUAAUCCGCCAGCUCCCAGAGACUUUCAUUCUAACCUGUGAAUAUGAUGUUCUCCGGGAUGAUGGGCUGUUGUACAAGAAGCGCUUAGAGGACAACGGUGUGCCAGUGACAUAUCACCAUCUUCCAGAUGGAUUACAUGGAAUAUUGGGCCUUGUUGGUUGGGGGCCACUUGAAUUCCCGAGCACACAGAAAUGUAUGCAGCAUGUAGUAGAGUUCUUAAAAUGUUUAUAG